AUGCAGCAGUUCGAGGGUCAUGCGGCCAGCGGCAUCCUGGACCAUGACCUUGUGUUCUGGUUUGGGGAUCUCAACUUCCGCAUCGAGAGCCUUGACAUCCGCUUUGUGAAGUAUGCUAUCGACAGCAACAUCCUGAGCCAGCUCUGGGAGAAGGACCAGCUGAACAUUGCCAAGAGCACCUGGUCUGUCCUCAGUGGCUUUCAGGAGGGACCCCUGAACUUUCCACCCACCUUCAAGUUUGAUGUGGGCACCAACAAGUAUGACAGCAGUGCCAAGAAGCGAAAACCUGCCUGGACUGACCGCAUCCUCUGGAAGAUCAAAUCUCCCAGUGUCAGUCUUGGUGCGGGUGGGCGCCGGCCCAGCCGGGGUGUUGUGUCAGUGAGCCAGCUCUGCUACUGCAGCCACAUGGAGUACACCAUCAGUGACCACAAGCCGGUAGCUGCCAUCUUUGCGGUGCAGUUUGCUUCCAAGGCAGACAAGCCUCCAGUUGAGAUUUAUGUGGCUGAUGAAUGGAGCAGGCCUGAGCAAGCUGUUGUCAGGUACAAGAUGGCUGCUGGCUUCCACCGGAGCUCCUGGGACUGGAUAGGACUCUACCGGGUGGGUUUUCGGCAUCCUAAAGACUAUGUGUCCUAUGUCUGGGCCAGGACCGAUGAUGGAGAGCGCUGUCUGGAGAAGCAAAUGUGUGCACAGGUGAUGUUCUCAGAGGAGGCGCUGCCCAAGGAGAAGGGCGAGUACAUCCUUGGAUACUACAGCAACACCUCCAGCAGCAUCGCUGGCGUGACCGAGCCCUUCCAGAUCUCCCUGCCCAGGUCGGAGGAGGGCAGCAGUCCCACGGACAGCUCAGGCAGCAGCUCAGAAGAGGAGGAUGACAGCACACUUGUCCUACUGGCCCCCAAAUCCCGUAGCCCCAGCCCAGGCAAGAUGAAACGGCACCGAAGCCGAAGUCCCAGCCUGGCCAAGUUCCAGGGCCUCAUCCUGCGGCCAUCAAGCAGGGAUAGGGGUACAAGCCGCAGCCCUUCACCCCAGAGCCGCCGAGGCCUCCCCGGGGACAUUCCCACCAUCCACCUGCCCCAGGAGGAGCUGGGGUGCCGUGCAGCCAAAGCCAAGGAGCCAGAGCGGGCAGCUGACAGCCUGGAGGGCAGCUCCUUCUACCAGACUGUGCGGGAGUGGGGUGGCCCCUGGCGUGUCUCUGCUGACAACCCCUUGGCCAGGGCUGACCCCAGGAACCUGGGCCUGCUGCCAGCGCUCCGCCUGGAGAUGAUUGACCAGGCUCUGGGCCGACGGAGGGAGAGUGCAGACCAGGGCUACCCCUGCCGGAGGAUGAGUCCCACCAGCCCCCCAGGCUGCAGUACCUCCCCAAAGGAGGAGAGCAGCCCUCAGGAGCUGGACACCCAUAACUGUGCCAUGGGCGACUGAUGCAGUGGCCCCCUUCCCUCUUCCCUGUAGCACCCUUGCUGUGCGCUUUCCUUUGCCACUUUCCUGCUGAGAUGCCCCUCCCUUAUUUAUUGCAGUGACUCCUCACCCUGUUGUGUGCCUGGCAGGUAGGGGCCUCCCACUGCUCCCCGUAGCCUGAGAUGCUGGGCUGGGAAGUGGCAUGGUGGGGGGGCAAGGCUGAUCUAGUGUGGUGGUGGGGAGCCCAUUGUGAAACUCAAAGUGCAAAACCCUUCAGCCCUAUGGGAGAAAUGCUGGCCUUGCACCCAAGGUGGGGCAGGAAGCCAGGCCAAGGUUCUGGUGGCAAUAGUGAUGGGCAUAAAGUGAAGACCCACUCCAGGGUACCCCUGAGAUCAGAUCAAAGCUUGCUCCUUCCCUGUUGCCUCCAUUGUGCCUCAGCCUUGGAUGUAGUGCAAAUGACAAAAUAAACCAUCCUGGCCCACCCCA